AUGGGGGCAGUACACCCGAGCUGGCCAGGCUUGGAAACUUAUCUGAAUUACUUUGUCCCUGUCAAUGCAUCAGAGACUGUUCCUCUGUGCGAGAGCGACAUCUCACUCGGACCAUGUUACAACCUUCCAUCGCCCUAUCAGAACAUAUCUCAACAAGCGUUCUUCGGGACGUUCCGUGUGUUCAUGUUCUGUGUGACAGUGCAAGUGUGUGCCAUCCUGCUGUCGCUGCUGUAUGACCUCUUGAAGAAGCUUGUGAUGAAGAUCCAAGUGAGUCUCGGUUCCUUCAAGAACAUUGUCUCUUACCCGCAUGCCUACACUCUGCCAUGGAUGAUCUUGGAUGCGUUGGAGGUUGUUCUGUCGCUAGUCUCGUUCAUCACGUUCAUCAUCCGAUCCUACGAUGUACAGGAUAGCUACCUGGAAGCCACCAACCUCCUCCUCUGGAUUGUCGAGGGCCUCCUCUUCAUCCGCUACCUCCUCAGCUGGUCCACUGCUCUUAAGAAGACGCGGCAUGUUGUGUCUCUUUGCCAGGUCUUUAGUUUGACCAGCAUCUCCUCUGCCUUCGUCGUCCCUUUCCUCACAAGAGGAUGGCUGCCUUUCAACUUCCUGCGCGCUGUCACGGUCACCUGGCCCAUCCAUCGCCUGUUUGAGGAGCUUGACUUCCCCGAGAUCUACGAGAAUGUCGUACUGAGCAUGACGGACUUCGUUGCCAUGGUCUUCUCGUUUGCAGGCAUCAUCUUCAUCCUCGAAAACAUCGGCAAUCCUCCUGGAUGGUACGACUCACAGGACACGAGUCUGAGCUUCUUCAAGUCCGUCUGGUAUGUCACCGUCACGAUCUCUACCGUGGGCUACGGGGACGUCUACCCUAUCUCCUUCUUGGGGCGCAUAGCAGGCAUGCUCUUCAUCGUUACCGGCGUGCUCUUCUUCGGGACCAAAACUUCGCAGAUCGCGCUCCUGCUACAGGAGUCAGCGCAGGGGCGCGGGAGGUUCUCCAACAGGCGCAAGUCCCACGUCAUCCUGACUGGCAAGCUCGACGAGGUGAAUUUCCGCGACUUCCUGCAAGAAUAUUUCCACAGAGAGCAUGCAGGGCACAGGAAGGCUGGGCUCAAACUCUGCGCGCUCGCUUCAUACCUCCUCAAGAUCGACCGCGUGGGCAGCAGGAGGAGCCUCCCGCUCAACAAGCUUAGCGUCCUCCAGGGUCACUUCCCCACCGACAAGCAUCGCGUGCGAGUGGCGAACGCGGCUGCGAUCUUCCUGCUGAGCAAGUCGCACACGACGGAGGACGGAAGAAUGGAGGACAAGGAGCAGCUGUUCUGUGCGCUCAAGGCGAAGCUGUGGAGGAGCAGCAUUGAGGUCUACACGAACCUGCUGGAUCGCAGGAGCUUGCUGCACUCCUCAGGCAUCAUCGCACUCUGCUCCUCGUCUCUGCGAGACGGGCUCCUCUGCAAGUCCGCCUCCUGCCCCGGCGUCAUCCCCCUCGUCGGCAACCUCGUCGUCUCCGCCAACGCCAAGUCGCUCUCAGCAACGGACGUCAGCACGCGCCUGCUGCUGCCGCAGACCUACCUCGACGGGCUCGAGCUUGAGGUCUACGAGGUGAUCCUCCCCGACUUACUCCUCGAGCGCACCUUCGGAGAUCUCGCCGAGCUUCUCUUCCUUGACCUCGGCAUCCUCCUCCUCGCCGUCGACGUUUCUGACGACGACGGAGCUCUCCUGACCUCCAAGGGCUUCCGGAGCCGCCGCAGCCAGUCCCCCGCCUCCCUCCCUCCUGCUGAGGAGGGAACGAGGAGCAUUCAGGUCUUCCCCGGGAAGGACUUUGUGGUGGAGAAGAGGAGAGCAUACAUCAUCGCCAAAGAAAACCCCCAGCGUCUCAUCGAGGAGCGCGCCAUGGCGUCCUCCCGCCUGUCCUCCAGCAGGAAGUCUCAAGUCGCUCCCUUGGUGCAGGACAACCCUCGUUCCCUCAGCGGCAAGUCCUUCGGACAUGAUGCGCACUCUCUCUCUCCUCCUCCUCCUCCUCCUCGACGCCUCGAACCCUCCCCAUCUGUCACGGUUGGAGGCACAAACUUCGGCGAGGAGGAGGCGGGACCAGCAUCUGGCGCUGCAGAGAGCAGGAGAGGAGGAGAAGGAGGAGGAGGAGGAGGAGGAGGAGGAGGAGGAGGAGGAGGAGCGAGAAGGAGCAAGAAGCCCCGAGACCAUCCCACUGAAGCCUCUUCCUAA